ACUGGGAUCGGAGGGACACUGGAGGAGCACAGAUCAGUGUUGUUGUAGCGGAAAAUACCUUCGCUACAGUUUUCCCACACCGCAACCUCCGGGUUAAAACACCGCAUUUUCCUCUCAGGUUUGACCAAGAGGAGGGGCCGCUUCAGAAAAGGAUAUAAACAGGAUUUUCUCACACGGCGAGAAGUUUGAACGCGGACUUUCAAGAGUAAUUUCGGGUGGGCUGACUGAGCUAGCCUGGCUGCCCGCUGCGCGUCCCUCCUGCCCCGGUCAGCCAGCCGUAAGUUAGCUCGCUGUCCUGGUCUGCUUCCAGCUGCGGGUAAUCAUGGCGCUCAGAGCCAGGGCGCUGUACGACUUCAACUCUGAAAACCCCGGGGAGGUGUCGGUGAGGGAGAACGAAAUCCUAACUUUGUACAGCGAGCAGGACAUUGACGGCUGGUUUGAGGGGGCGAACAGCAAAGGGGAGAGGGGACUGUUCCCCGCGUCCUACGUGGAAAUCCUGAGAAACGACGCCGCCUCCACGUUCAACAACAACAGCUGCGGCACAUCUGGGGACACUUACCCGGACUCCCGAUACGCAAACAUCCCGUCCGGAGGAUUUGAUGGCUCUUAUAAGCCUCCGACUAAAGUUGAGAACUUUUCUAAAUCGUCUUCGCCCGGUUUCACCACGUUCACACAGCAACAGCAGCAUCCGCAGCAGCAGCAGCAGCACGCCUACCAGCAGCCCAUCCAGGGGAGCGAUGAUGACUGGGAUGAUGACUGGGAUGACAGCUCUACUGUUGCAGAUGAGCCAGGGACUGUUGGAGGAAGGUAUGACUUUGAAGGCAAUGGGCCUUCCACUUACAGAGUGUCAACAUCCUCAAUGUCAAGAGGUAACGCACAGCAUGCAAAGAGCUCCGCCACUGUCAGCAGAAACCUGAACAGGUUUUCAACAUUUGUGAAGUCAGGAGGAGAGGCGUUUGUGCUCGGGGAGGCAUCAGGCUUUGUGAAGGAUGGGGAUAAGAUCUGUGUGGUAAUGGGUCAGUAUGGUCCCGAGUGGCAGGAGAACCCGUACCCAUUCGCUUGCACAAUUGACGACCCCACUAAACAGACCAAGUUCAAGGGGAUGAAAAGCUACAUCUCCUAUAAGCUGACUCCCACCCACACGCAGAACCAGGUGAACAGGAGGUAUAAGCACUUUGACUGGCUGUACACUCGGCUGGUGGAGAAAUUCCCUGUUAUCUCGGUGCCACACAUCCCGGAGAAGCAGGCCACAGGGCGCUUUGAAGAGGACUUCAUAUCAAAGAGGAGGAAAGGCCUCAUAUGGUGGAUGAACCACAUGACCAGCCACCCUGUUCUGGCCCGGUGUGACGUUUUCCAGCACUUCCUCACCUGCAACAGCACAGACGAAAAGGCCUGGAAGCAGGGUAAGAGGAAGGCGGAGAAGGAUGAGAUGGUUGGAGCCAACUUUUUCCUCACGAUCAGCACCCCCGCAGCGCCGCUUGACUUCCAGGAGGUGGAGAGCAAAAUAGACGGGUUCAAGACUUUCACCAAAAGGAUGGACGACAGCACCUUGCAGCUCAACGCCACUGUCAAUGAGUUUGCCCGCAAGCAGAUCAGCGGCUUUAAGAAGGAGUAUCAGAAAGUGGGGCUGUCAUUCAAGGUUCUCAGCCAAGCCUUUGAAAUGGACCAGCAGGUGUACUCGGCUGGACUCAACCAAGCCAUCUCCUUCACUGGGGAGGCAUAUGAAUGCAUCGGAGAGUAUUUUGCUGAGCAGCCCAGCAAGGAUCUGGACCCCAUCAUGGAUUUGUUGGGUCUUUACCAAGGACACCUGGCAAACUACCCAGACAUCAUUCAUGUCCAGAAAGGUGCCCUGACGAAGGUGAAAGAAAGCCAGAAGCAUGUGGAGGAGGGCAAGAUGGACCGGGCACAGGCGGAAGGCAUCAACGAGCGCUGCAACAUCAUCUCCUGCGCCACGCUGGCUGAGAUCCAGCACUUCCACCAGAUCCGCGUGCGCGACUUCAAGGCACAGAUGCAGCACUACCUACAGCAGCAGAUCGCCUUCUUCCAAAAAAUCACAGGCAAGCUAGAGGAGGCCCUGCAGAAAUACGACAACGCGUAAGAGCCCGUCGGUUUAGACCUUUGUGAGCCAUGACCGUGCGCCUCCCUCGACCAGCCGGUGGAGUUUUGGCAAACAGCAGCCAGCACCACAUGCUGCUGAAUGCUGUUCAUCCAGCAGGGAGGGACAUUCGAGGAGAUUACGCUGCCGUAAUAACGACAUUUCUGCCAAAUCCAGGUUUCUGUGUGUGUUGGCCAGAUUCUUUUGGGGACUGGAUGUCCUUGUUUAAGAGAGGACAUGUAAUUUAAUGAAGUUAAGCCAAUUUGUAAUACAAAGAAACAGUCUCUGCCUUUAGAUUUGACGAGAAUCAGCGAUAAUGACGGGCCACCACUUGGUCCGGUGCGUGGGUGAAUUCAAUCUAAUCAACGUUAUGACCUGCAGAGAGAGAACCUUGUAUCCGCUGCUGCCUACACACCCGGUGCAAGAUUUCAUAUAUCAAGUGUUUUUAGCCUUACGACACUGUUUUUAAACGACUGUUUUUAAGCGACUGCCACUCCAGGAGCAGCACUGUUCCAGUGGCGAACACACUGCCUUCUGGAAACACUCAAGCCCCUCCUGGUAUCUCUCUCCUCGGGCAAACAGGACAAAAUGUUUACAGUCACCACUGUCUCGCUGUGCCUUCUGAUUACGUUUUUCUGGUCAUUUUUGUUACCAAUUACUAAAAAGCUUUAUAUACUGUAUAUGUAGAAAUAUAUUCUAUUUGUUUUUACAAUGCUACAAAUUUUGCAGUCUUUGAAAAAAAAAAAAAGAUCACUGUGCUUUGAC